GCACAUGACGGUGGCCACUCCAGGCAGACUGAUGGACCUGCUGAACAAGAAGAUGGUGAGUCUGGAUAUCUGCCGCUAUCUGGCUCUGGACGAGGCUGAUUGAAUGAUUGACAUGGGUUUUGAGGAGGACAUCAGGGCCAUCUUCUCUUACUUUAAGACAAACGCUGCUUUUCAGUGCCACAGUGCCCAAGAAGAUCCAGAACUUUGCCAAAAGUAAAAGCUUUAGUGAAACCCAUCACCAUUAAUGUGGGCAGAGCUGGAGCUGCAAGCUUGGAUGUCAUCCAGGAAGUGGACUAUGUUAAAGAGGAGGCCAAAAUGGUUUAUCUCCUGGGGUGUCUCCAGAAGACCCCACCGCCAGUAUUAAUAUUCGCUAAGAAAAAAGCAGAUGUAGAUGCCAUACACAAGUAUCUUCUGCUGAAAGGUGUUGAGAUGGGGGCUAUUCACGGAGGCAAAGCUACAAGUGCUCUCCACCGGGUGUCAGCUUCUGCUGUGGUCUGGCUCCUAUUAUAGCACUGUGUGAUGAGGGUGCUAAACGUGUUCAAACUAUGUCCGAAGAUUGUCACCAGCAGCUAAGUUCCAUAGAAUAGGCAGAACUGGUAGAUCUGGAAAGACUGGAGUUGCCACAACAUUUAUCUACAAAGGAUGUGGUGUUUCUUUUUUUUUUUAUGUAUAGAUUUAUCUUUGGUGUUUGUCUUUCCGUUUUCGUUUCUUGUCAUCGUUAACUAUCACACACAACACAAUGAUUUGUUUAUUCAGAGAAUAUUGAGAAAAUUGAGCAUCAAAAUCCUUUUUUUCAGAUGAGUCUGUACAAAUGGAUCUGAAAGCUUUGUUGAUUGAAGCCAAGCAGAAGGUUCCUCCUGUGCUGCAGGUUCUCUAGACGCGAGAUGAGAUGGUGCUGGAUAUUGGAGGAGAGAGAGUCUCUGGAUCAAAGGAUCACAGACUGUCCCAAACUGGAGGCCAUGCAGACAGAACAGGACACCAAAAUCGGCCGCAAGGACUAUCUGGCCAACAGCUCCAUGGAUUUUCAAUGCUGUUUGUUACUUUGCCGUCAAAUCUUUCUUGAGAGAGGCUCUUCGGUCUUAAAUCAUUCUGUACAAAGUCGUGGCCUAAUGGUUAAAGAGUCGGACUCGCAAUCGAAGGGUUGUGAGUUUGAGUCUCGGGCCGGCAGGAAUUUUAGGUGGGAGAGUGCAUGUACAGCGCUCUCUCUACCCUCAAUACCACGACUGAGGUGCCCUUGAGCAAGGCACCGAACCCCCAACAGCUCCCCGGGCGCCGCAGCAUAAGUGGCUUCUCACUGCUCCGUGUGUGUGUUCACGAUGUGUGUGUGUUCACUGCUGUGUGUGUGCACUUUGGAUGGGUUAAAAGCAGAGCACGAAUUCCUAGUAUGGGUCACCAUACUUGGCUGUAUGUCACGUCACUUACUCACUUACUCAAAAUGUAUCAUUCUUGGAAUUGUACAUUUGUUUAUUCAUUUCAGUCAAACUAUUUCUUGUAUUAAUGCAGUCAAAAAGCCUUGUGUAAGAAAAAAUAUGAAAAAGUUAGCUUUUCCUUGUUCUGAGUUCUCAGUAGGUUUUGCUGCAUAAUAACAUUGUCAUAUAUUAUUGUAACAGCUGAAUUGUUAGGUGUUUGUCUGAAACCCACUCAGGGAUGUUUUUGACAGUUAAUUGGUUUUGUUUUUUUGCCGCACAUCCAGUGUAAAUAAAUGAUGACCGGCUUAUGCCACCCUCUUUAUUUUAUAAUGCAAACUGCAAUAAAAUUCUUCUCUGACAUUGUCCUGUUUACAACCAAGUUUGGAUGAUUAUUAAUAAAAGAACACGUCAAGGUAAAGUUUUCAACUUUGGAGGAAAUAAGUGGUGACCAUUUUUAGCCGCCUGUUGGUGAAUGACGUGGUCCCUUAACCUCACAGAAGCACUUGCUUAAUAUCAAGUUUAGCAUCAUACAUCGUUUCUCUCUCUCUCUCUCUCUCUCUUUUGUCACCUUCUGUAGAAAAUAGAGGAACUGGCGCACUUGGAGGCAAACAAGCACAAUGGAUGUAAUCUCUAAAGAGGGUCUGCUCUUUUUGCAGGGGGUCAAGUUUGGGAAGAAGAUCUGGCGGAAAUCCUGGCUGAUUCUGUUCGAGCCCAGUCCUGCAGGUAUCGGCCGGAUGGAGCUGUAUGACAUGCGUGAUAGAGGGGGACUGACGGGGUCCGCCAUCCCGAGGCCUUCAGGGCUCAGGAAGAUGGACAAACGGGUGAUCCGCCUGACAGACUGUCUGAGCAUCACUCCAGCCCCAGGAGAAAGCUGUCCCACAGGUUGCUCUGCCUUCUUUUUAAACACCAUCUCAUCCACCUACACCAUCGCUGCCCCCUCCCAGGAGGACUGGAUAAAUGUUCUGUGCCAGGUAGCAUUUCAGAAGACCAAAAGAACCGAAGAUACCAUUAAAGAUAAAUGUACGACACCGGCUGACAAUGACCUCUACUCCACCUGGGGAGCAGGCCAGUUCCAGGUGACAGUCCAGAGCACAGAUGCGUCUCAAAGGUGCAAGAUGUCUGGGUCAUACCUGCUGUCUUCUGAGAAAGAGGCUAUUUGUCUGCUGGACCUUAAGACUGGACAGGCCAUCUACCACUGGCCCUACAGGCUCCUCAGGAGGUUUGGCCAAGUCAAGGGGGGAAUAAUGAUUGAGGCAGGUCAUCGCUGUAACACUGGGGAGGGUCAGUUCAUUUUCUUGUCAAAACAGGGGGCGCAAAUAAAAAGGGCCAUUGAAGAGGCCAUCAUGCACCAGAGUGUCCAAGAACUGCUGGCACAAGCCACCGCUCUUCCGCAAGAGACCGCCCCCAAGCCCCCCUCGCCUAGAAGCAAACCACGGGGCAGGCCCAAGGUAAAAAAUAUUCCUCCGAUCAAUGUGAAUCAAGAUCCACCAUCCAUACCACAAGCCAUUCCACCCCCACCACCUUUACCAAAACCCAAAAUACAGGGUAGGGACAAAACGAAGAUCAGUAAGCAACCUCAAGGCAACAAGAAUCAGGAAAGACCUUGCCCACCUAUACUUAAAAAACCCGGGCAGCCAAUACACAAGAUCAUUGGAGGUGUUCUCACCCUCCAGAAUGUCCAAAAGGGAUCAUCCACUCCUCCUCAACAAGCCCCACCACUACCGCCCCCCUUGCCUAAAACCAAACCACAGGACAGGCCUAAAGUGAAAAAGCUUCCUCCAAUCAAUACAAAUCAAGAUAGACCCUGCCCAACAGUACCACGCAGAUUCAUCUCCUUACCAGAUCCACCACCUUGCGUCAAAAGCCCAGUAAGUAGCUCGGAUGAAGUUUUGUAUUCGGCAGUUUUUCAUCAACCAAAGCCAAGAUCAAAAAUUGAUCUCCCAAAAGUUCCAACCCCUCCCAGUCUACCACCAAACACGGAUACAGAUGUAACCGCGGAUGAAGAGAAGGAAUGGAAAUUACCACAAGAACCCUCUGAGGACAAAAAUGAAGAAGCUCCCUACACUAACUGGACAGAGAAGAGCACUGGCGAGCAGGAUCAACCAGAUAUUCGGGACCUUUAUAGCACAGUGAAUUUUGCAGCUAAACGUAAGAACAGACAGACUGAGGACAGUGAUGAUCAAGAGCAGCCUAACACUGAACAACAAGCUCCUGUUAUCACUUCCAGUGAAAUCCCUGUCGACUUCAAAGAGACCCUUUCUGGCAUUCUGUUUAAAGAUCUGUCUAAAAUUCCACCCCCAUUUCCGCCCAGGUCACGUGGGGGAAGCAGAGAACAGUUAGAUCGACUAGAUGAGCAGAUGACUGAUUGAGGUUUUUAUUGUCUACAGCUGAGGUCAGUGUCAUUGCUAGCCUGAUUAUUGUGAGUGAUAUGUGUUAAAGUGUGCGAUAAGUCUUAACAUGAAACUUAUACUAAUAAUAUGCAGAAUAUGUAGGUCUACUGAGAUGGUUAAAUAUAAGGACAAUUAUAUGUUAUUAUGUUAUUAUAUUUGAAUGUAAAUGAUCUUUAUUGAAAAUGUUUUGUAAGAUAUAUUGUAUAAGUGUGUAUAUUUGUGUAUAAGUUGUUUAAAAUGGUUUGUUUUUUAAUAAUCAACAAAUUAUUUAAUGUAAAGGAAUAGUUAACCCCAAAAGGUGAUGGUCCCAACAAAGUUGAAUAGGGUUUUAUUUAUGUUUUAUUGUUAUUUCUUUCCUUUUUUAUUUUUCUUUUUUCCCACACAGGGGACCAGCAACUGUUUGGUUACCCACAUUUUCCAAAAUGUCAUAGUUUAUGUAAAAAAAAAAAAAAAAAAAAAAAGUAAUACAGGUUUGCCACAUUUUCCAAAAUGUUUGUUAAAAAAAAAUAAAAAAUUAAUAAUAUUAAUACAUGUUUCGAACUUCAGGCUGAGUAAAUGAUUAUGAAAUAUUUUUUUAUUUUUAGGUGAAAUAUUCCUUUCAUUUGUUUUAUCCAGUGCAAUCCGAUUUGAAGCUCUUUCCUGCCUCCAAACCCUGACUACAGCACGAGCCAAUAGAAUUUGAUUGCAGACCCUGAAUGAGCAUUUCAUUGGUUAGAAUACUUAACGAACUUUUGUCUAUGGUGAUCUGCUGACCAAAUGAAAGACAGUCAUACGAGCCAGUCUAGUACAAAACAAAUGAAGUAUUGUAACUCAUUAGACUAUUAUUCAUUUUAAUGUUCAACAAAAUUCAUACUUCCAUACCAUUCAAAAUGGAGGGAAAAUGUAUGAAUUUGUCUUGUUUUUAUUUGUGAUGUAAACACGUUUCAACCCUGAGCGACUCUUUUGAGCGAAUCAGUUUAGUGAAUGAUUUAAAUGACUCGUCCAGCUCACAAAAUGCGCGUUCUUUGUCGCCACCUUUCGUAACUAUGCAACUUAAAGAAAAAAGAAAAAACUUGUCCGGAAAAAUAAUUUUUCAGGUAAACGGUUUC